AUGGCCUUCGGCUCCUCCAAGCACCCACGAGGCAACUGGUGCUCCUACACGGUGACACGGACGGUGUCGUGCCACGUCCAGAAUGGCACCUUCCUCCAGAGGGUCUUCCAGGGCUGCCGCUGGCCCCUGGCCUGCAGCGGGGGCAGCUACCGCACCGUCGUCCGGCCCAUCUACAGGGUGACCUACAAGACGCUCACGGCGCUGGAGUGGAGGUGCUGCCCCGGGCACACCGGGGCCAACUGCGAGGAAGAGGCUCACACCUUCCUCACCCUGCGGGAUGCCGGACGCCCCAGCACUGCCCCACGCCGUCCCUCCCUGCGCCCCACGGCUUUCUCAGGGUGCCUGAACUGCAGCCGUGUCGGGGAGCUGACAGCCCGGCUCGCCACCCUCGAGGCGCAGGUGGCCCGGUUGUCGGUGGCUGAACCCCCCACCUCCCCGGCACCCAAAGGCAGCAACCUGGGCAGGGGGCCGGAGACUGGGCAGCUCUGGGGGUCCCCGGCUGCCCGUGGGAACCCCGGAGAUGACGGGAGAUCCAGCUCACAGGGCCCCCCCGGCCCCAAGGGAGACGCAGGAGGACGGGGACCAUCCGGCAUUCCUGGGGUGAAGGGUCCAAUGGGACCACCAGGUCCCCCUGGCCCCCCAGGACCACCUGGCCGGGAUGGAGCUAGGGGGCUCCCCGGAGAGAAGGGGUUACCCGGCCCCCCCGGCCCCCCGGGACCCCCUGCCCCUGUGGGGCCAGCGAUACCCCAUAUAGCCGAGCCCAGGGACCCACUUCUCUCCAACACCUUCACUGAAGCCAUUGGGGGCAUCGUGGGUCCCACCGGACCCCCCGGACCCAUGGGGCCGAUGGGUCCCCCCGGCCCCCCGGGUCCCAUCGGGCCACCCGGUCCCCCAGGACCUGACGGUAAAGCCGGGGCACCUGGAGCUGCCGGCCCCCCCGGGGAGAAGGGAGACAGGGGUCCCCAGGGCCACCCAGGCAGCCGUGGACAGGACGGGGCACAGGGCGAGCCGGGCCCCAGGGGCGAGCCGGGCGAGAAGGGCACUUGGGUGAGUGGCCGGUGGCACCGGGGACAGGAGUGGGGACAUGUCUACUGA